CGCUCAGAGGCGCCCACCGGCUGCGGCCGCCCCGUCCCGCCCCGCCCCGCCCCGGCGACGCGGCGAUAAGGCUGCGCGCGAGCAUAAGCGCUCCCGCGGUAAAAAACGCCGCCUGCCGCCGCCGCCCGCACUCGCUCUCGCGCGGAGCGAGAGGACCGUCGCGUGGCCGAGGACGGCGGACAGCGGCUGCUUGCCAUGGGCCGCCCGAGCUGUACGGCGCGGGCGUUCUACGGCGACGCGGAGCGCGUGAGGGCGGCUGCUGGAGGCGGGCGCCGACCCCGGCGCGCGGGACGACGACGGCGACACCCCGCUGCACGCCGCCGCGCUGCACGGCUACCUGCUCUGCGAGCUCUACCUCACCUACACGCCUCCCCGCGGGACGGCUACGACCAGGACUACGAGGAGGACGAGGACGAGGAACGGCGGACGGGACGGGGGCGGGGGCGGCGCGGGGCGCGCGCCCCUGCCGCCGCCCGGCGCCUACUUGGAGGUGGUGAAGGCGCUGCUGGCCGGCGGGGCCGACCCCUGCGCCGCCAACAAGGACGGGGCGAUUGGUGGAAGUGCGUGCGUCGCGCUGCGCAGGUGACGCCGCUGCACCUGGCGGCGCUGUGGGACCGCGCGGCCGAGAUGCAGGCGCUGCUGGCGGCUGGGGCGGACGCGAGCGCGGCCGACGCCGACGGGCGCACGCCGCUGCACCUGGCGGCCGAGGGCGACGCGCACCGCGCCGUGCGCCUGCUGCUGGCGGCGGGCGCCGACCCCGCGGCCCGCGACCUGGCCGGCCGCACGGCGCUCGACCUCAGCGAGGACGCGCCGCUGCGCCAGAUGCUGGCGCCCAAGCGGCCCUGGGCCGGGAUUGCCGCAAUUGCUCUGCCAAUCAGCAUUCUUGCCCUGUACACCUUCCUGAUUUUGUGAGUGCGAAUGAAUACUGACAGUAAUGAACAUUCGAAGGACUUUCAAUUCACCACUACAUUUGUUCUUGGCUUGAACUGCCUGAAGCAGCUGCAAAGCUAAAAACUAUUUUAAUGAUAUUGUGUAAAUACGUAUUAUUUAUAUUAUUUUAAGUAUUUUAUUAUUUGUACAAUAAAAGCGUUUGUGCUAAAAAAUUGAAAA